AUGUCUGCACAGUCCACCCCAACCUUGCCUGGUGCUCCUGGCUCGGCGGACCGUGCGGACUAUCUGAUCAAGCAUUACGCCCAUCUGAAUCAAGUAAAGUCUGGAACUCGAACCUAUCGCUGUGUUUGUGCGAGAACCAGUGUGAGUCUCAAAAACGUUCUCUCCAAGCUCAACCCCAUUGUUGUUGCCCGCCUUACCAAAGGUUGUGCUGCCUUUCCCGGUUCUGUCCUCACCCAACCAACCCAGAUUCAACUCUCUGCCUCCGCUCGUACGGCUGACCGAAACUUGACCGUGUCGGAUCUGGAUCCUAUUACCGAGAGCGAUGGUUCUCUCAUUUAUGAGGAUCCCUCUGAUCAUUACCAGUCCUCAGUCUUGCUUUCCGCUACUCCCGUGCCACCCUCUCAGGUCAGCUCUCUCUUUGUAGGGCCUUCCCCCAACUACGAUCAGUACACUUCUCCUGCUCCUGGACCUACUCCGUCUUUUGGAUCAACUCCCAAUCUCCCUUCAAACUAUUUUUCCGCCUCCUCUCCCAAGUUCCCUCUCACCAAGUCUGGCUACACCCAGGGUACUCCUGCUUCCCAGAAUUCACACCCGUCUACCACUGGUGCUGUUCACCGCACUCCCCUGCCUACAUCUUCGCGAGCAUUUGCUCCCAUAUCUUCCACUCCUGCCUCUACUUAAAGAGAGUCGGCCUCGGCGAGUAGGAAACGCGCAAACCUCAGCAAUACUAUCUGGGGUAAGCAGCCUCCCGAAGCGUCUGAGUCCGAGCAGGAAAUCGAAUCCCAUGCUCCAAGGCGUGUUGCCCUGGGCAAGUUUCGCAAGGGCCAGUCCUCGUCCCAAGAUCUCGUGGAGAUGCAUAACGAGUAUAACCUUCUCCAGCAGCAUUUCCGCAAGCAAGCCGCCACUGUCAAGGCCCUCGAGGCUGAGAAGUCAACUACAACGCAGACAUAAGAAUCACGCCAAGCCAGAGGUCAUACCAUCAUUUCCUACAAAAAGAACAAUCAAAUCAACAAUGAGAUCUGUCAUGACAACAGCAUUACUUGCCAUAGAAGAAUUAUAAUAUAUAAAAGAG